AUGACGAAGCCAGACGAGAGCUCGAGGCUGCCUGUGCUCGACCUCAUCGAUGCCACUGAUUCGUCUGAGCUGAGCGACAAGCCGCUCGCAACUGCUACUCCACGCCCACCCAAACGAGCGCCGCCCAAGUCCAGGAGAGCGCUCAACGGGACAGCGAACAAGCGAAGCAGGACAGCGACACAGGAAGAGACAGCGACUGAUCAUGGGCGUAGCUCGAGAGCUUCCUCGCGAGCUCAGUCUGCCGGGCUGCAGCCCCCGCCGCCCAAGCAGCACCAGCAACGUCGCAAGCACAGACUAGCGCCUGCACCUUCACGUUUGAGCGCGAGCUCAGCAUCUCCCUCGCCGGACGAGGAGGGUAGCCCUGUCAUCACCGGCAGAGCGGGUCAGCCCAGCCUUGCAGGUCCUGUGCCUACACUCUUGCUCGAUCACAUGGCAGACACGAGUGACAUCGAUCAUGAGGAGCAAGAGCCCGACGAAAGAGAUGCGUCGGGGCAAGACGAUGCGCAAGAGGAAGCGGAGGGCGACGAAGAGGAAGAAGUAGAAGAAGAAGACGAACCAGAUGGCAAGCCUGCCUCGUACGCGAGCGAUGAUCAGCUACAGCGGGUCAGGCUAGAAGCCAUCGAGGACCUCGUCAAGAUAGAGAUCAAUUUCGCAAGCCUGCGCGACCAGCUCUACGUAGAGCGGAUGCACGACGUCAAGCUCGAGCGAGAUGCUAUAGACUCGGGCACGCAUCCAGAACUGACACACGUAAACAAGAUAAUCAGUGCACGGCGCGAGAGACGAAUAGAACUCGCGCAAAGAUGGCAAGAGGCGGGCGAAGCUGAGCAACUCAUCAAGCAAGAAUCCUCUGAGCGCGCUGUUUGGACUUGGUGGUCGGAUAAACGCGCUGAGCUCAAGCGUGCAUUGCUGCAACAUGUCAAUGGCAAACGCAGGAAGCUAGAUCGUGAGAAGCGAUCAAUAGAGCGGCCCUUUGACAUGCCAACAGAGCAGAUUCUUCAGCAACAUGGGCCGAGCUAUCCUCGACUGAUGCCCAUGCCAGACCUCGAGCUUCCCGAGAGCUUCAGGGAGUCCGACCAUUUCACGAUAGCCGAGCUCAGCACGCAGCAAAAUGAGGAGGAUCUCCGAGCAAUGGGAUUCAUUAUUGAGCCUCGAGCAAGGCAAAGACCGCCCCGUCCGCCGUCGCCUAUUCGACCGCCUGGAUUCAUGCAACCACCGCCUCAGCAUUGGUCCAGGCUGGCACCACCGCGAGCGCCAGCCUAUGACGAACGGUAUGACGACGUCAUGUCGUCGAUGGCGCCCACUCUGCCCGACCUGCACCACCGAGACUAUCGAGAGGCGCCGCUUAUGCAAGGCGGUCCUCUGACGCUGCCGUUAUUGCGUUCCACUUAUCAAUAG